AUGGUCCGCACUACGACUCUCGGCGGAUCCGCCAAGGAUAUCUCUGUCGCCAAAGUCGGCACGGGGCUCAUGAUGCUGACCUGGACGCCCAAGCCUACUCCUGAUGAGCAGGCCUUCGAGGCGAUCAAGGCUGCCAUUGACGCCGUCCCCGCUGGAUCCAAGAUGCUCUUGAAUAGCUCUCAGUUUUAUGCGCAAGACUUCGGUACCGCCAAUCUCGAGCUCCUCGCCCGCUUCUUCGACAAGCAUCCGGGAUACGCCGAUAAGGUGAUCCUGAGCGUCAAGGGUGGUACCAAGCCCAACACUGUCGUCCCUGACCCUUCCCCCGAGGGUAUUCGCACCUCGGUCGAGCUCUGCGUCAAGGCACUUCGUGGCACCAAGAAGAUCGACAUCUUUGAGAACGCACGUGUGUCGCGCGAGACACCUCUCGCCACGCAGUACGAGACCUUCAAGGCCUUGAUCGAGGAAGGCCUGAUCGGUUACAUUGGCCUGUCCGAGUGCAGUGCGGCAACUGUUCGCGAGGUCAACGAGAUUGUCCCCGUCGCUGCUGUUGAGAUUGAGGUCAGCCCAUGGAGUUACGAGGAGGAGACCAAGAAAGUGAUCGCAACUUGCGCUGAGCUUGGUAUCGCCGUCGUCGCAUACUCUCCUCUCGGACGCGGCUUUUUGACUGGCGAGCUGCCGAAGCUCGAGGAGGGCGACAUGCGCAACCGCUUCUCGCGCUUUCAGGGCGACAACUUGAAUAACAACUACAAGCUCGUCGAGGCGCUCAAGAAGUUCGCAGAGAAGAAGGGCAUCACGGCUGCUCAGCUUUGCCUCGCCUGGGUGCAGUCCCUCGGCGAGCGUGUCAUCCCUAUUCCAGGAUCCAGCAAGGCCUCGCGCGUUAUCGACAACAUCAAGACGAGCGACAUCACGCUCUCGAGCGAGGAGCGCGCCGAGCUUGACCAGAUCUUGAAGGACAUUCCUGUCUCGGGCGGUCGUUACGUUGAUAGCGUGCCGGACCACGUCUUGCACCUCUGGGGUUGA